UAUAAACUUACAAUUGUGAGAAAAAAAAGUAAAAAUUAUCUUUGAUCUUUUUUUUUUUUAGUGGUGGGAACAAGCUUUUCUAUAAUUACGCUCUUGACCGAUCAGGACUAAGUAUUCAAACAAGCCAUAUUAUAAUUUCUUUAUCUAGUCAUCAAAAUCGUAAACUUUUUAUUUUCUUUUUUUAUUUUAUCUGCUGUUUUGCACGGUUUACAAUUAUUUGUCAUGCCAAUAAUGCAUAUUACACUAGGGUGAUUAAAGGGCAGGGGGAUAAGGUUGUUGUUUAGGGUGGCAAGCUGUCAGCUGUGGGAUGUGAGGCAAGGAAAUGUGGAGUGAGUGGACACAUGCUUCUGUGGAUGAGUGAGUGGAUUGUGAUAUGAGAUAAAGUGAUCAUCAGGCAGAGCGUUCUCUCUCAUCAGUCUAAUAGGUUUGGUUAAUGUUCACCCUACAGUAGGGUUCAAAAGUCAAGCAUUUGUGUGAAAGACACAAACCAGUAAAAACCAAGGAACUGAAACUGGGAGAUCUGAGCCAAGAGAGACAACAGAGCGAAAACCAUGAUUACAAUCACAGAGUUUCAGAAAAUCGGUGUGGGUCUGUCAGGAUUUGGCGUGUUCUUUGUACUGUUUGGAAUACUGCUGUACUUUGACUCGGUCCUGUUGGCAUUUGGAAACAUUCUGUUUGUGUCUGGAUUGGCCUUCAUUAUUGGCUUGAGGAGGACGGCCCACUUCUUUUUCCAGAGACAGAAGCUGAGAAGUUCCGCCGCCUUUCUAGGAGGCGUGGCUUUAGUUCUACUAAGAUGGCCUCGUAUUGGCAUGCUUGUGGAGACCUAUGGCUUUGUGCUUCUAUUUAAGUAAGUAAAUAGUUGAGUCAUAUCCGGUCCUAAUGUGCAAGGUAGACACCUCCAAGAUGAUAAUUCAAAACCAACCAAGAUACACUUUGCCUAUCUAAUUGUGGAACAUUUACUUAACUAUUCAUUACCCUAUACAUGCUUUUUUUCUCUGCUUAAAUUGGCUUUUUUUUCUUUUUCUUUU